AGUACGUCUUGAAAUAGCAAAGCUACCGGACACAAAAUGAAGUACACAAUUGUUAUUUUUUUUCUGAUGAGUUUUCUUCUCGUUCAGAGUGCGCCAUUACCAGAACAAACUAUGCAGGAAAAAGCACAAGAGGCUUUUGAUAGAUUCAAGGACCGAGCGCAAGAGGUCAUAGAGUAUGCUCAAGAGACUGCAGGCAAAGCUAUUGAAUCAGCUCGAAAUAAAUUGCAAGAACUUAUGGACUCGGCUCAAGAAACAGCCAAACAGGGUAUGGAAAAUGGUCAAGAAUUGUUUGAUUCUGGACGCUCAUUUAUUGCCGGUUUCAAAAAUACUACUGAUGAAUUGGACAAACAUAUGUUGUAAAUUUAAUAUAUUUUUUUAACUUUGUUAUU